AAUAAGUCAAUAGAUAAAAAAAUAAAUAAAUAAUUUUCUGUACCACCUUAUUUCAAGCCUACAUAAGCCCAGCAGGGAUUGAGCUAUACCCAACUCACUCUCUCUCUCUCUCUCUCUCUCUCUCUCUCUUUGAAACUUCGAAGAUCGUUAGCAGAGGUUUGGGAGCACAGCCAUGGCGGAUGUACUGAAUGAAGAGCAGAUUGUGGAGUUUCGGGAGGCCUUCUGUCUUUUCGACAGGGAUGGAGACGGUCGCAUUACUGUGGAAGAAUUGGCGACGGUGAUCCGAUCAUUGGAUCAAAACCCCACCGACCAAGAACUCCAGGAGAUGAUCACUGAGGUCGAUGCCGACGGCAAUGGCACCAUUGAGUUUACAGAGUUCUUGAGCCUCAUGGCCAGAAAAAUGAAGGAAACCGAUGCAGAGGAGGAACUAAGAGAAGCUUUCAAAGUGUUCGACAAGGAUCAGAACGGGUAUAUAUCGGCCAGUGAGCUGCGGCAAGUGAUGAUCAAUCUAGGGGAGAAGCUAACGGAUGAAGAGGUGGAGCAGAUGAUAAACGAGGCAGACCUGGAUGGAGAUGGGCAGGUUAACUACGAUGAAUUUGUGAAGAUGAUGAUGACUGCGUGAUCAGUGAUUUUAGUGAAAUGUGAUCAGAGAAAUGUCAUUAUUCAAGUUCAUUUGUUUCGUAUUAACCCUCUUCCCCAAAAAAUAAGUUCACUUAAUUUGUGUUUUAAUCUUAUUCAAGUUCAUUCUUCUUGUUCUGUUAACAUUCUGAUUACUAUGAUUUUCAAUUUGUUUCAAUAAGGAAUAUGAGAAAAAAGAAAAAACAGUGUUUUUAUUAUUCAA